AUGGCGACGGCGGCGGCCGCCGCCGCCGCGGGCGCGGCGCAGUUUGCGCCGUCCACUUCCUCCUCGUCCAUGGUUGGGCAUGGCGUGAGGGUCGCGUCGUGGCCGCGUGGGAGCCCUACGCCAAGAUUGGUUGCCGCCAUGUCCGCUGGCCGCCGGCGUCUGCAAGCAGUUGCUCGAUCUGUUGCCGACCUGCAUACAGUGGUACAAUUGCCACUAACCGUUGGAAAUGUCGAGUCGGUUCUGGAUAAAGUGCGCCCGUAUCUAAUAGCAGAUGGAGGCGACGUCGCCUUGCAUAAGAUUGAUGGGAGUGUGGUGAGGUUAAAGCUUCAGGGAGCAUGUGGUUCGUGUCCAAGCUCAGUGACAACAAUGAAGAUGGGCAUCGAGCGGCGCUUGAUAGAGAACAUACCAGAGAUCAGUGCAGUUGAACGUGUUUCGGAUAAGGAGAUGGGGCUUAAGCUAAAUCCAGCUAAUGUGCAGAAGGUACUAGCUGAAAUCAGACCAUACCUUGCUGGCACAGGAGGUGGCAAGCUUGAGUUCAUCAAGAUUGUUGGCCCCAUUGUUAAAGUCCGGCUCACAGGCCGCGCUGCAGGUGUGAAGACUGUUCGAGUGGCGCUAGCUCAGAAGCUCAGAGAGAAGAUCCCAUCAGUCGCAGGCAUCCGUUUAGUGUCGUAAACUUGUGAGUAUCUGUAUGCCAGCUCCUAAACGAGCACAAGUACAGCAGCUAUCAAGGAAUAUGCUGACUGAUCGUUGCUGUCGGGCAGUCAGGCAGUAGCCUCAUGAAGUAUUCCUCAUAUUGGCAGUCAGGAAGAUAAAAUGAGACUUUUGAUGCAAUGUGCUGUAUGUAUGGUACGGGUUUUCAUAGUGGAGAUGCUAAAAAGACCUGAUCUCUUCCUCUUGCAAUGAAAAUUGAACAGGUGUAUUUUGCUUGAA